CAUGGAUGGAAAACAUGUCAAUCCCUGCAUACAAGGUUUCAUGCAGAUUUGAUUGGACUGUGAAGCAUCUGUGAGAGGGAUUUCCAAAACCACUAAAUAUGGAGACUCUGAACUCAUCCCACAAUCCCAACACCAGCAACGGUGGCAACACCAGCCUCUUCUUUAGAAGCCCGUACACGACUGUGGAGAUCAUGCUCAUCAUUCUGGUGGCAGGAUCUCUGAGUCUGAUCACCGUCAUUGGAAACAUCUUGGUCAUGCUCUCUAUAAAGGUAAACAGGAACCUGCAGACUGUCAACAACUACUUUCUGUUCAGCCUGGCAUGUGCAGACCUCAUUAUCGGCAUCUGCUCCAUGAACCUCUACACCGUCUACAUCGUGAUUGGCUUCUGGCCUCUAGGAGCGGUGGUGUGUGAUCUGUGGUUGGCCGUCGAUUAUGUUGUCAGCAAUGCCUCUGUCAUGAACCUCCUCAUCAUCAGCUUUGACCGUUACUUCUGCGUCACCAAACCACUCAGCUACCCUGCACGCCGCAGCACCAAGAUGGCGGGUCUGAUGAUCGCUGCAGCCUGGGUCUUGUCCUUUAUCCUGUGGGCUCCAGCUAUUCUAUUCUGGCAGUUCAUCGUAGGUGGGAGAACUGUGCCGCCAGAUGAGUGCUACAUCCAGUUCUUCUCCAAUCCAGCGGUGACGUUCGGAACAGCCAUAGCAGCUUUUUACCUCCCAGUAGCCAUCAUGAUCUACCUGUACUGGCGCAUCUCCAGAGCCAGCCGUAGCCGCAUGAGGAAGGACAGCAGGAAGACUUCAGGCACCAGUCUGGGAGAAUGUCCCGAGCCCAGCCAGGAGGACGGAUGUGAGAGCCAGAACAACUGCAUACAAACCAAAGAGGCUAAGGAGGAGACGGAGGAUGUUAAGGAGGAGGAGAUGUUGCAGCAGCAGAAUGGAAGUGGACCCUGCCAGGAAGACAGAGCUGAAGAGGUGGACUCAACCACAGACAGUACCAACGCAUCAACUUCAAAGGACACUGCUGAGCCUGCCUUGGCAAUUGUCAAGAAAAUCCUGAAUCAAGCACAGCCGCCUUCCCCGGAGAGCUUGGCCAUUGACAGACAACGCAUGGUUGCAAGGACACUAUUGAAGGUCACAAAGCAGAAUGCUGUGGCACGGUGGAAAAAGAAAGGUAUAUCCUCCAGGGAGAAAAAGGUGACACGCACCAUCAUGGCCAUCCUGGUUGCUUUUGUUGUCACAUGGACACCGUACAACGUGAUGGUUCUGAUCAACACCUUCUGUUCGAUCUGCAUCCCAAACUCCCUCUGGACCAUUGGCUACUGGCUCUGCUACAUCAACAGCACCAUCAACCCUGCAUGCUAUGCCCUCUGCAACGCCACCUUUAAGAACACCUUCAAGCACCUGCUGCUGUGCCAGUACAAGAACAUACGUACGACACGAUGA